CUUUGGAAGCUCCCCAAGACUCGACGACUAAAGCAAAACACACUCCCGCCCGACACCACACGCCAUGGCCGCCGACCUUCCCCCCGAGCUGCAGGCCAAGCUUGCGGAGCUGGACCACGAACUCGACGAGGGAGACAUCACGCAGAAGGGCUACGAGAAGCGCAGAACUCUCCUCCUCUCACAGUACCAGCAAUACCAGCCCCAACAACCUCAGCAGCAGCAGCAGCAGCAGCAGGGCGGACUGCGCCUCGCCAACCCGUCCUCUGAUCCCAACGAUGAACCCGUCUCACCCCCCACUCCGUCCUCCACCUCGCGCACCGCAUCCUUCGCCGCCCCGCAACCGCCCACCAUCGAGCUCUCUCGCGAGCGCACCCCGCCCUACGCCGGCGGCAACAAUGGCGGCGCGCAAUCGCAAUACAUGGCCUACCCGCCCAGCCAGGUCAACCGUUUCCAAGAGAAGCAGUUGGGCAUCCGGACGAGCUCCAUGAACCGCCGCACUUCGCAGAGCAGCGAAACCUUCCUGCCCCGCCCACAGACUCCCCAAGAGUACCAACCUUAUUCGCGCGAUGGCACCAUGGUCGCCUCCAACUAUGCCUUCCAUCCCGACUCGCAACAGCCCUAUGAUGGCGGCUACCCUUCGCCCGGUGCAGACGUCAGCCGUCAGAGCACCAUGCUCGAUGCUCACCAAGGCUACUUCUCAGAUUUCACCGGCCAGCAGAUACAGGACAAUCCCGACUCCUACGGUGGGCCCAAUCGAUACUCGUCCGGCGAUGCUUUUUCCCCGACCGCUGCUAUCCCCCCACCCAUGAUGAACCAGCUCGAUCUGGCCGGCGGCGUGAUAGAACCGAUGCUUCCCCUCGAGCCUCGCGAGCUGCCCUUUGAUGUCUACGACCCUCACAACCCCAACAUCCUCAUGUCCAAGUUCGACAACAUCGGCGCCGUCUUGCGUCAUCGAGGGCGCGUGCAGCCUCGACAGCCCGCUUUUUGGGUCCUUGACUCCAAGGGCAAAGAGACGGCCUCGAUAACGUGGGAGAAGGUAGCAAGUCGGGCCGAGAAAGUCGCAAAGGUCAUCCGGGACAAGAGCAACCUGUACCGCGGAGAUCGCGUGGCCUUGGUCUAUCGAGAUACUGAGAUAAUCGAGUUCGCCGUGGCGCUGAUGGGCUGCUUUAUUGCCGGGGUGGUCGCAGUGCCCAUCAACAGCGUCGACGACUAUCAAAAGCUCAAUCUUCUGCUCACCACAACCCAGGCCCACCUCGCCCUGACCACCGACAACAACCUCAAAGCGUUCCACCGCGACAUCAGCCAGAACCGCCUGAAAUGGCCCAGCGGCGUCGAAUGGUGGAAGACGAACGAGUUCGGCAGCUACCACCCCAAGAAGCACGAUGGCACGCCCCCUCUGCAGGUUCCCGAAGUAGCCUAUAUCGAAUUUUCGCGCGCCCCGACCGGCGAUUUACGCGGUGUCGUCCUCAGUCACCGGACAAUCAUGCACCAGAUGGCUUGUAUUAGUGCUAUGGUGUCGACCAUUCCUACAGGAGCCGCCGAUUCCGAUACAUUCAACGUGAAUCUGCGCGAUCGCAACGGUAACUUCAUUGCGACCCCUCCACGGACGGGCCCCACCGAGAUUAUUCUCAGCUAUCUGGAUCCUCGCGAGAGCGCCGGCUUGAUCCUCUCCGUCUUGUAUGGCGUAUACGGGGGACACACCACCAUCUGGACAGAGGCUCAAACCGUGGAAACUCCUGGCUUGUACGCCCAUCUCAUUACCAAGUACAAAGCGACCAUCAUGGUUGCCGACUACCCCGGAUUGAAGAGAGCUGCAUACAACUACCAGACUGACCCCAUGGCGACGCGUAAUUUCAAGAAAAACAUGGAACCCAAUUUCGCUUCGGUACGGAUAUGCCUGAUCGAUACGCUCACGGUAGACAGCGAAUUCCACGAGAUUCUUGGCGACCGCUGGCUAAGGCCCAUGCGGAAUCCAAGAGCAAAUCAGUUGAUAGCGCCGAUGCUGUGCUUACCCGAGCACGGCGGCAUGAUAAUAUCGGUCAGAGAUUGGCUGGGCGGGGAAGAACGCAUGGGCUGUCCUCUUAGUAUGGAGGAAGAAGAAGACGAAGAUGACGAUAAGAAGAUUGAAGACUCUACGCCCGCCAACGGCUACUCAAGUUUGAUUGGCGGUGGUGCUGUGACGAAAAAGACAAACCAGAAGAAGAGCCGCACCGAGUUGACCGAAAUUCUGUUGGAUAAAGAAGCUUUGAAAAUGAACGAGGUCGUGGUGAUUGCCAUGGGCGAAGAGGCCAAGAAGCGCGCGAACGAGCCGGGCACUAUGCGUGUCGGUGCUUUUGGUUAUCCCAUCCCGGACGCGACCGUGGCCAUCGUCGACCCAGAAACCAGUCUGCUCUGCUCGCCGUAUACCGUUGGAGAGAUCUGGGUUGAUUCACCCUCGCUCUCGGGAGGUUUCUGGCAGCUUCAGAAACACACCGAAACCAUCUUUCACGCGCGGCCCUAUAGAUUUGUUGAGGGGAGCCCUACGCCGCAGUUGGUAGAGCUUGAAUUCCUCCGCACUGGUCUGCUUGGAUGCGUUGUAGAAGGCAAAAUAUUUGUUCUGGGCUUAUACGAAGAUCGCAUUCGGCAACGGGUAGAAUGGGUUGAACAUGGCGUAUUGGAGGCCGAACACCGGUACUUCUUUGUACAACACCUUGUGACGAACAUUAUGAAAACUGUUCCUAAAAUUUACGAUUGCUCAGCAUUUGACGCGCACGUUAACGGGGAAUAUUUGCCGAUAAUAUUAAUCGAAACGCAGGCAGCUUCUACAGCACCAACCAACCCCGGCGGACCCCCGCGACAACUCGAUAUCCCUUUCCUUGAUUCCCUUUCGGAUCGAUGUAUGGAGGUGCUAUACAACGAACAUCACCUUCGCGUGUACUGUGUAAUGAUUACAGCACCCAACACUCUUCCGCGCGUCAUCAAAAACGGUAGACGGGAGAUUGGAAACAUGCUUUGCCGCAAAGAAUUCGACAACGGGUCGCUUCCCUGCGUUCACAUCAAAUUCGGCAUUGAGAGGGCAGUGCAGAAUAUUGCCUUGGGAGACGACGUCGCUGGUGGCAUUUGGUCACCCAUGGCCUCCGCGGCGCGACAGAACUUCUUGCUCUUGUCCGAUAAACAAUACUCGGGCGUGGACCACCGAGAGGUUGUGAUUGACGAUCGCACUUCAACCCCACUCAACCAGUUUUCCAACAUUCACGAUCUGAUGCAGUGGCGAGUGUCGCGGCAGUCCGAAGAGCUUUCUUACUGCACCAUCGAUGGCCGCGGAAGAGAAGGCAAAGGGGUUACGUGGAAGAAAUUCGAUCACAAGGUGGCUGCGGUUGCCAUGUAUCUCAAGAACAAGGUCAAGGUACAACCCGGCGACAAAAUUCUCCUCAUGUACACGCAUUCGGAAGAAUUCGUCUUCGCCAUCCAUGCUUGUUUUGUGCUGGGUGUUGUUGCGAUUCCCAUGGCUCCCAUCGAUCAACUACGUCUGAAUGAAGACGCGCCAGCACUACUACACAUCAUUUCCGAUCUGAGAGUCAAAGCCAUCAUCGUGAAUACCGAAGUGGAUCAUUUGCUCAAGAUUAAACAAGUAUCACAGCAUCUGAAGCAGUCGGCUGUCAUUCUCAAAGUUAACAUGCCACACGUCUACAACACAACUAAACCUCCUAAGCAGUCGCACGGUUGUCGUGAGCUUGGUCUGACCAUUCGGCCAGCUUGGGUGCAGGCUGGCUACCCAGUGCUCGUCUGGACGUUUUGGACGCCAGACCAAAGACGUGUUGCCGUCCAGCUAGGUCAUGACACUAUCAUGGCUUUGUGCAAGGUUCAGAAGGAAACGUGCCAGAUGACGAGUACACGGCCCGUUCUAGGAUGUGUGCGGAGCACGAUAGCCUUGGGCUUCAUCCACACAUGUCUCAUGGGCAUUUUCCUGGCAACACCCACAUAUCUCGUGUCACCCGUGGAUUUCGCACAGAACCCUAACCUCCUCUUCCAAACGCUUUCACGAUACAAGAUCAAGGACGCAUACGCGACCAGCCAAAUGCUUGACCAUGCCAUGUCAAGGGGCGCAGGCAAGGCCAUGGCGAUUCAUGAGCUCAAAAACUUGAUGAUAGCGACGGAUGGCCGGCCACGUGCGGACGUUUACUCACGUGUGCGAGUGCACUUUGCGCCAGCCAAUCUAGACAGGACCGCCAUCAACACGGUCUACUCUCAUGUUCUUAAUCCCAUGGUGGCAUCACGCUCCUACAUGUGCAUCGAGCCUAUAGAGCUGCACCUCGACUAUGUUGCUCUGAGGCGUGGUCUCAUCAUGCCAGUCGACCCCGACACGGAGCCCAAUUCGCUUCUCGUUCAAGACUCCGGCAUGGUUCCCGUGAGCACACAAAUCUCCAUUGUCAACCCGGAAACCAAUCACUUGUGCCUUGUUGGUGAAUAUGGCGAGAUCUGGGUUCAGUCCGAAGCCAAUGCACACAGCUUCUACGGCAGCAAAGAAAUACUCGAUGCAGAGAGAUUCAAUGGCAGGACCAGUGAUGGAGACCCCAAUGUACGCUACAUGAGGACUGGCGACCUAGGUUUCCUCCACAACGUCACUAGACCUAUAGGGCCAGGGGGCGCGCCUGUGGAUAUGCAGGUUCUGUUCGUGCUAGGUAGCAUUGGAGACACGUUUGAGGUCAAUGGACUCAACCACUUCUCCAUGGAUAUCGAGCAGAGCGUGGAAAAAUGCCAUCGGAAUAUUGUUCCUGGUGGAUGUGCUGUUUUCCAAGCUGGUGGCCUGGUGGUUGUAGUCGUCGAAAUCCAUCGGAGAAACUUCCUCGCUUCCAUGGUCCCGGUCAUCGUCAACGCAGUACUCAAUGAGCACCAGCUCGUCAUCGACAUUGUGGCGUUCGUGAUUCGUGGUGAUUUCCACCGAUCGCGUCUGGGUGAAAAACAGCGGGGCAAGAUACUGGCAGGUUGGGUGACGCGCAAGAUGCGCACAAUCGCGCAGUACAGCAUCCGUGAUAUUCACGGCUUUGGGUUCCCUGGCCAGGACGGCCAAAACGCCGAUGAGCCGCAAGGACGUAUGAGCAUGAGCAUGAGUAUGGGUGGCCCAAGCAGUACGUUGAGAGCCAGCACGAGCGGCCCCGGUAGUAUCAAGGGCGGUAGCAUGCGUGCUUCAAGCCUUGGGGUCGCCGCUGCGAUGAAUAACCUCCAGAUCCAAACCGGCCAAAACAUGCAACACCCCCAGAAUUUUGGCCCGCCCAUCUCCGAACUCCCCGCGCAAUCCUACCCUCCUUCUAUCCCCGAGCUGGGCAAUGGCAGCAUCCGCUCCGGCGAAGACACGCCAACUGAUGCGCGAAAAGACUUCUCCGGUGCCGCAGACCCCGCAAGCCACCACAAGUACAAUAACAGCACAGACUACUCGCCGUUGGAUGCUACAGGCGUGUUCUACGAGAGCCCCGUUACAUCAGCCAUUCAACCUACUUCUUCGUCGUCUGAAUACCCCCACCAUCAACAGUACGGCGCCACAGGCCUAUCUACUUCUCCCCUCCCCAACAUCCUGCGCCCCGGCCCUCCUGGCGGUGACCGUCCCCCUGAACCCCAAUACGCGAAUAAGCCGUACAUGGGACAGCAACAACAGCAAUCCACUUCCCCGCAAAACGAUCCCCGUGCCGGUACUUUCGACUUCGGUCUCGCGAAUCCUUCAGCCGCAGAACCACAGCCUCGUCAACACGACCCUUCCGCCAAGCCAAUCCCCAGCGAACACCGCUUCUCUUACGAAUCAGAUGAUGGUGACGCUAGUGGUCAUGGAUUAAGAGGGGGAGCCGGUGGAGGCGGCGGCGGAGGAGGACUGAGAGUCGCGAAUGCGUCGGCUAGCGGCGAUAGCGAGAGUGAGGGCGACGCUGAGUGGAGACAGGAUGCGCUGAUGAGCAUGAAUUUCGCGGGUGGGGAUGGGCCGCAGGGCGUCGGACGGUUGUGA